AUGGCUCGUUCCGCCGUUCUUUCAACCGAUAGUUGGUCUGGUCCUAAAAUCAACAAGAAAAAACGCGGCUCGAGCCCGAAUGCAGCAUCCAUCAUUCAAUCGUCUGGCCCUCCAGCUCGACCGUAUGAACGCCUUAAGGCGGCUCAGCGUCGCGCAAAGGCGGCUCACGAAUUAGACGAACUGCUAGAAGGUGACAGCAAGGUUGCAGCGGCGGAAGCGACCACGGAUACAGGUGGUGUGGACUCUGAUUCCAUCAUCUUCUUAGUCGCGACGGAGCUGGCACUUGCUCGAGUGCAGGUGGAGGGUGCACAACGGCAGGUUGAUAUGCUGCCCACCAAUGCAGACGAGGAGCAGCGCAUUGCCAAAUCGAAAAAAGGUUGCUACUUUGUGGUUCAUGCUUGUGCGCUGGAACUGGCUAUUGCCGUAGAAGCUUCUACGGGCAAUGAGGCGCCUGCUUUCGAUUACGAGGAUGACCUUUUGCCUACUUUGGAAUACGAAUACCGUGCGGCCGGAGCGGCAGCCUCCCGAAAAACUGAUGAAGUUAUGAAAGCCACGAUUACACUGAAUGUAUAA